UUGAACGUCUUCUGCCGUCGGUACAGCCAAAUUUAACUGAAUAUAUUUGUUUGAAUUAUGGUACCCCUAAAAUAACGAUACGUUUUAUUGACUUCGACAAUUUAUGCAUGAAAUAUGGAUAUUACCUGUUUCCACGCCGCCUUGAAAUUAUUACGGGUACAUAAUUUGCCGUUAAAUUGAGUCCGCCUGCGACUGAUCCUGCCAAAUAUCGCUAGCUUGGCUAGCAAGUUAGCUAAGAAGCUAGCCGGUAGUUCUGAGCCUAUUGCCUGUUGCCCCUGAAGGCCAUUCGCCAGAAAUGGGAAUCAUUUUCACUAAGCUUUGGAGGCUUUUUAACCAUCAAGAGCACAAAGUCAUCAUUGUUGGGCUGGACAACGCUGGGAAGACUACCAUCCUUUAUCAGUUCUCCAUGAAUGAGGUGGUACACACCUCACCAACAAUAGGAAGCAAUGUGGAGGAGAUUGUGGUAAACAAUACUCAUUUCCUUAUGUGGGACAUUGGAGGUCAAGAAUCUCUGCGUUCUUCUUGGAACACCUAUUAUACUAACACAGAGUUUGUGAUAGUGGUGGUGGACAGCACAGACAGAGAGAGGAUCUCUGUAACAAGAGAGGAGCUCUACAGAAUGCUAGCGCAUGAAGACCUGAAAAAGGCAGGUUUGCUGAUCUUUGCAAACAAGCAGGAUGUGAAGGGUUGCAUGACCGUGGCUGAAAUCUCUCAGAGUCUGCAGCUGACCUCAGUCAAAGACCACCAGUGGCACAUCCAAGCCUGCUGUGCGCUCACAGGCGAGGGACUUUGUCAGGGUCUGGAGUGGAUGAUGUCACGACUCCGAGUCAGAUGACCCUUGACCUCAACAGGCAGUGCACUCUCUCUUUGACCUGCAGGCGUGGGGGAGGUGGGGGCGUGGCUGUUGCUCACUGUGAAGGUGACCUAGCAACGUCACCAGGACUUGUAUGAUUUUAUUUAUUACAGAUCUAUGCUCUAACUGAGAACUGCGAACGAACCGCUCUUAAGCAAACAACACAAGUGUUUCAGGAUUUACAAAACAGCAUCACCAUAAAAGCCCGUUGUCUUUUCCUGCACGGGUCUGUAAAAAAGACAAAGUGUAACAUCACAUAAAAGAGGAGAUGCUUGAAAAAGAGCUUGGAUUGAAAGGACCUCUCUUUAGCGGAGUGCGAGUGGCCUUGCAGUCUCACUUGACUGCCUGAGAUGGUGUUGCCCUGUGUGUACAGUCCAGUAUUUACAUUAACCUCGUGCCUGUGUCGAAACCCUUCAGUUUUCAGGACUGAAGAGAUAAGUCAACG